UCUGACUGAGCCCUGGCUCUCCCUGAAGCUGGAGGGGUCGCCUUGAUCUUGUUGGGGCUGCACUUAGGAUCAGGGCUACUAGUCUCAACAGCAGUCAUGUCAGGCCGCACAGUGCCACACGCCCACCCAGCCACUGCGGAGUACGAAUUUGCCAACCCCAGCCGCCUAGGCGAGCAGCGCUUCGGAGAAGGCCUCUUGCCGGAAGAGAUCCUGACCCCUACUCUCUACCAUGGCUACUAUGUUCGGCCUCGGGCAUCCAGAGCUGGGGAGGGCGCCAGGGCAGGGGCCUCAGAGCUCAGGCUCAGUGAAGGCAAGUUCCAGGCAUUUCUGGAUGUGAGCCACUUUACCCCAGAUGAGGUGACGGUGAGGACUGUGGAUAACCUGCUGGAGGUAUCUGCCCGACACCCCCAGCGUCUGGAUCGCCACGGCUUCGUGUCCCGAGAGUUCUGUCGCACCUAUGUCCUGCCUGCAGAUGUGGACCCCUGGCGGGUCCGAGCUGCUCUCUCCCAUGAUGGCAUCCUUAACUUGGAGGCGCCACGGGGUGGCCGGCAUUUGGACACGGAAGUCAAUGAGGUCUACAUCUCCCUGCUUCCUGCGCCUCCUGACCCCGAGGAAGAGGAAGAGGUAGCCAGAGUUGAGCCCUGACUGCCAGCGAUAGACCCAGCCCCCAGUGAAUCCCCUGUCUACCUCCUGUGGUGAUUCCAUAAAUCCACCACACCCCAGAGGGAGCAGCAUCCCUGGGAGAUGGGAUAGGUGCAUGGUCCACAGUGUAUGGUUUGAUCCCUUGAUGUAUCAUAGCCUUUGAUUUAAUUCUGGGUGGGGCUGAAUAAACCAAAAACCUGGGGACCUUGUU